GUCAAAAGUCUUUGAGCUGAAGCCUCUGCCGCCUUCCAUAAUUUCUCUCUGCCUGGAAACCGUUGCUUUGCGCGUUAAAUUCGCGUUUCAGAUUGUCCAACCCUCUCAGGUUUCUAAUGCGUGCAAGAUAUUCUCAAAUCUCCAACACCCCACAUAUUUCUUGGUCCUAGACGCUAUGGGAGGCAAUAUGAGCAAGAAGACCCAUGAAACGUCGUCGUCGUCGUCGUCUGCUGUAAAUCUCAAUCCAAAUUUACAGUACACAACUGAAUUGAGCUCCUAUGAGGCGGCUUGCAAGCUCGACGCCGAUUUGCAAUACUUCGACACCACCCUUCAAGCACGAACCAAUCAGGUGAUCAACUCUCUUGCGGUAGGAGUUGAAGUGCGAGCCCUUUCAUUUGAUUCUUUGAAAGAAGUCACAGAAUGUCUCCUGGAGAUGAACCAGGAGGUCGUUAAAGUUAUAUUGGAAUGCAAGAAAGAUAUAUGGAAGAAUCAGGAGCUGUUUGAGCUCGUCGAGGAGUACUUCGAGAAUAGUUUGCAGACUCUAGAUUUCUGCACAGCAUUGGAGAAAUGCCUGAAGCGAGCUCGGGAUAAUCAGCUGUUGAUUCUUGUCGCGCUUCAGAAGUUUGAUGAAGAAACUGAAAUGGGAGGGAAGAGGUAUGAGAGGACUAAGCAGGAGUUGAAGAAUUUCAAGGAGGCUGGUGACCCUUUCACCCAAGAAUUUUUCCAAAUCUUUGAGUCUGUGUAUAAGCACCAGAUACUUAUGCUUGAGAAGCUGCAACUCCGGAAGAACAAGCUCGAUAAGAAGCUUAGGUACAUUCAUGUUUGGAGGAAGGUUUCAAGUAUAAUUUUUGUUGCUACAUUUGCUGCCGUGUUGAUUUGCUCUGUUGUGGCCGCAGCCAUGGCGGCUCCGCCAGUUGCAGCAGCUUUGGCUGCUGCUACUGCUAUUCCUGUGGGCUCAAUGGGAAAGUGGAUUGACUCUUUGUGGAAGAACUAUGAAAAUGCUUUGAAAGGACAGAAGGAAGUGAUUAGCUCGAUGCAAGUUGGUACCUAUGUUGCCAUUAAGGACUUGGACAACAUCCGGGUUCUCAUCGACCGGUUGGAAAUCGAGAUCGAGUCGCUCUUGCAGAUUGCAGAGCUCGCCAUUGAGGAAGAAGCAGUGAAGAUUGCAAUAGAUGAGAUUAAGAAGAAGCUGGGAGUGUUUAUGAAAAAUGUUGAGGAUUUGGGGAUGCAAGCUGAUACUUGCAGCCGGGACAUUAGAAGGGCAAGAACUGUGGUUCUGCAGAGGAUCAUAAAACAUACCAACAACUAAAAUAUGAUCCAUGCAUGGUAACUGUUGUUAUGUUAGUACCUUUUUUUUAUAUUUAUGGUUUAUGAUGAUGAUAUUCCUUGAUUCUUAGGUUGUAUCUUGAAUCCACACUAAUGGAUUCAUGUUCAAGAAAAUAAUGUAAGACUGGUAUUCGAUUUCA